CAGACCUGAGCGCGGGCGGGGUGGGCGGGAGUGUUUUGUCUCUUGCAGCAGGCGGCGGCUCAGCUCUAUUUCUGCGGCGCGCGGUGAUCAGCAGCCUCGAGACUCCCCCGCCGGGCUUGUUUGGCUGAGGAAAGAAAAGGAGACGAGGGACACGGUCGUCCGGCCAGACUCCCCUCGCCGGCUGUUGCAGGUAUCCAUGGGUAGUGGUUUUGGUGUCCCUGUUUGGAUAAUGGGUAUGGCUUGGGUCUUGGUGAUGCUGUGGGCAGGUGCUAUGGGCAUGGAGGAUCGCUGCUUGCCUGGAGGGAAGCACAAAGCAAGUCCGAGCCCAGAAGGACAUCUGGGUACCUGCCAUCUCUAUAGAGAAAAUUCCUGCUGCUCACCAGAUGUCAUCCAGGACCUUACCAAAGCCAACGACAUCUACUGGAAUCGCUGUGGGAACCUCAGCAGCAGAUGUGAGGACUAUCUUCAGCAAGUGGAAUGUUUUUACCGUUGCUCUCCCAUUGCUGCCCAGUGGCCUCAUCCUAAGCGACCCACAGCCGUACUGGCUGUGCCUUUUUGCCAGAACUUCUGUGAUGAAUGGUAUGAUGCUUGCAAGGAAGACCUGACCUGCGCUCGCAAUUGGCUUACUGACUGGCAUUGGGGACCUGAGGGGAAUAACUGCAAUCGGGAGUGCAUUUCAUAUGGCCAGAUGUACAAGGAUGGGAAGGAGCUCUGUGAGACCAUCUGGGAUGACUCUUUCGCAGUAAGCACUGAUCCCUGUGAGUGCCUGACCCUGAGUGCUUCUGAUACAGGCUUUUCAGCAUCACGUUCCCGCCAUGAAGAUAGUGACAGUAUUGAGGAACCUGAAACCCCCAAGAAGGACAGCAGGAGAUCUGGCCGCAAAGGGCUUUGUCCAGGUAGCCCCUUGCUGCACCGUCUGAAAAAGAACCUGCGGAAGCGUUCUGUCUUCAUGGAAGAUGUGGAGGGUAGUGGGAGUGGCUUCUGAUCCAGUGAAGCUACCCUUCCAGGGAAAAACAGCCUCCUCCCCUUUGAUUGCCUGGGGCUUGGGGGGAUCGCUUGUGAUCUAUGCAAAUCUGUCAUGUCCCACCUUUACCAGUUUCUUGCCAUCUUGUCUAGCUCUGUGCAACUUGGUGUGGUCAUGAAGUAGGAAGCAGAUCUGGCUCUGUAGCUGGGCUCUGAGUCUUAUGCUCUAGUUAAGUACAGUUUGUCCUAAAAGAGCACCUUCAUCUCCCAUAAGCCUGCCUAUGUUGUCCCUCCAACUUUCUUCAUUGUAUCUAGCUUGAAAGACAAGGUUAGAGAGACAUUUGCUAGUGACAGUGACAGUCCCAGAAAGAAGACUUUCCUGUCUUACUGCUGUUCCCAGGUGCCUCAAAGAGCUGGCCCUAAUGGUCCUUGAUGAGAUUCCUCUCAGAAAAGGACAACGGCAAUGUAUGUCUGUCAAAGGCUCCAGCAUGGAACAGAUUUAGGAAUGCAGAGACUGUAUAGUCUGAAAACAAUAGGUGAGGUAACUGACACUGGGCAAAAGGAGUUAGGCCCUAUUGCUUAAACUGCUUCAGGUACUGUGAGACUGAGUCAAAAUGGAAGAGCCUUCAUUGAACUCAACAUGGAGGCAGCAGGCACUAGAGAAAUCUCUGGCCAGUAGGUGGAGCUGGAGAACUAUGUAGCUAGGUGAGUGAAGCCAUCAUCCCCAUGCCAGAACAGCACAAGCUCCUGCCACAGAAUACAGGACUGAGCCUAGCACUAGAUGGAGCUUUCAUGCAACUCCAGUGUGAGCAGAGAGAAGAGUGUAUAGUUUGAUAGCAGUUAUUAUUAUGCAGCGUUCGAGGCUGGAAAAGCAAAGUUUCAAGUGCUCUGUAUAAAAUGUAAAAUUAGAAGGGCUCAGCAUCACAAAGCUUUUGUUCUAACGACCAAGGUUGUAAGCAAAGAGACCACCUAACCUUGAGCAGGGGGUGACAUGAAUGAAUUUCCUACAAACUCAACCCCUGAAUAGGCUCCAGUAGAAGUACUGUGCAAAUUCCUGUAAGAAUCACAUAUGCCUGCUUACCCAAAACACAUUAUGAGCUGCAUUUUCAUGUCCUUCCUUGGUCACGUUUGCUGCAAAAUGUACGUUCUGUAUUGGCUCAAACCUAUCAGUACUUGUGCACAUGUUGGGGAUGGGUAUUAAAUCUAUAUGUAUACAA